GAAGGCUUUCGGCGAGCGAUGGCGGCAACGCGUGUCCGACCCUGCGCCCGCGAGAUUUUCACGACACUGGAGUACGGACCGGUGCCGGAGAGCCACGCAUGCGCACUGGCCUGGCUGGAUACUCACAACCGCCUCUUGGGCCACUAUAUCAAUGGGAUGUGGCUGAAGCCAGAACACAGGAAUCCAGUGCCUUGCCAGGAUCCUAUCACAGGAGAAACCCUGGCCAGCUGCCUGCAAGCACAGGCUGAGGACGUCGCUGCAGCUGUGGAUGCAGCAAGGACAGCCUUUCAGACCUGGAGCCAACUGCCUGGAGCUACUCGAGCCGAACACCUAACCCGGUUGGCCAAGAUUAUCCAGAAGCACCAGCAACUGCUGUGGACUCUGGAGUCCCUGGUCACUGGGCGGGCUGUUCGAGAAGUUCGCGAUGGAGAUGUCCCACUGGCCCAGCAACUGCUGCAGUACCAUGCAGUCCAGGCCCAUGCCCAGGAGAAGGCACUGGCAGGCUGGGAGCCUAUGGGAGUCAUUGGCCUCAUCCUGCCAACUUCUUUCUGUUUCCUGGACAUGAUGUGGCGAGUCUGCCCUGCUCUGGCUAUGGGCUGUACUGUGGUGGUCCUUGUGCCCCCAGCCUUCCCGACACCGCUCCUCCUGGCUCAGCUGGCAGGGGAGCUCGGCUCUUUCCCAGGGAUCCUCAAUGUGGUAUGUGGCCCUGCCUCACUAGGGCCUGUUCUGGCCUCCCAACCUGGAGUCCAGAAGGUGGCCUUCUGCGGAGCUGUGGAGGAAGGACGCGCCCUUCGACGGAGCCUAGCAGGCAAGGGUCCCCAGCUGGGCCUGGCCCUUGGCACAGAGUCCCUGUUGCUGCUGCUGGACUCAGCAGAUGUGGACUCGGCUGUGGAAGGUGUGGUGGAUGCCAUCUGGUCAGACCGCAGCCUGGGGGGCCUCAGGCUCCUCAUCCAGGAAUCUGUAUGGGAUGAAACUUUAAAACGACUCCAGGCUAGGAUGGCAAAGCUACGGAGUAGACGAGGACUGGAUGGGGCUGUAGACAUGGGGGCUCGAGGAACUGCUGCCCGAGACCUGGCCCAGAGCUUUGUGGAUGAAGCCCAAAGCCAGGGUGGACAGGUAUUCCAGGCUGGUGAUGUACCCUCCAAUAGCCCAUUCUUCUCUCCAUCCUUAGUUUCUGGCCUGCCUCCAGCUGCCCCAUGUGCCCAGGCUGAGGUUCCGUGGCCUGUGGUUGUGGCUUCCCCUUUCCGCACAGCCAAGGAGGCACUAGCCCUAGCCAAUGGAACACCACGGGGAGGCAGUGCCAGUGUGUGGAGUGAGAGGCUAGGGCAGGCCCUGGAGCUGGCCUACGGGCUCAAGAUGGGCACCGUGUGGAUCAAUGCCCACGGCCUCCGAGACCCCGCUGUGCCCAUAGGCGGCUGCAAAGAGAGCGGAUCUUCCUGGCAUGGGGGCCCAGAUGGUCUGUUCGAGUAUCUGUGGCCCUUGGGGACACCUUCCUUGGAGCCCUUCCUUUGCGAGAGUCUCAACUAUGACACAUUUGGCCUUGCUGUGCCCUCCAAACUGCCGUCAGAGCCAGAAACAGAGCCCAGCCCAGCACUUGCCUAUGGGCUGUUCAUUGGAGGCCGUUUCCAGGCUCCUGGGGCCCGGCGCUCCAGGCCUGUCCAGGAUUCUUCAGGCAAACUGUAUAGCUGUGUGGCUGAGGGUGGAGCCAAGGACGUCCAAGGUGCUGUAGAAGCUGCUCACCAGGCUGCCCCUGGCUGGGGGGCCCAGUCUCCAGGGGCCCGAGCAGUCCUGCUGUGUGCCCUGGCGGCUGCACUGGAGCGUAAGAAGCCAGCCUUGGCCUCCCAGCUGGAGAGCCACGGAGCAGCGCCUGUGGUCGCCAAGACUGAAGUAGAGCUGAGUGUGAGGCGACUCCAGAUCUGGAGCACGCGGGUUCAGGACCAAGGCCAGACACUACAGGUAACAGGGUUGAGAGGCCCUGUGCUCCGGCUUCGAGAGCCCCUGGGAGUGCUGGCUGUGGUGUGUCCAGAGGAGUGGCCUCUGCUGGCCUUUGUGUCACUGCUGGCCCCCGCCCUGGCCCGCGGCAACGCUGUGAUCUUAGUACCCAGUAGGGCUUGUCCUCUUCCAGCCCUGGAGGUCUGUCAGGAUAUAGCCACCCUGUUUCCUGCUGGCCUUGUGAACGUACUGACAGGAGAUCAGGACCACCUGACCCGCUGCCUGGCCUUCCAUCAGGACGUCCAGGCCCUGUGGUACUUCGGUUCUGCUCAGGGCUCCCAGUUUGUGGAAUGGGCCUCUGCAGGAAACCUCAAGUCUGUGUGGGUGAAUAGGGGCUUCCCAAGGGCCUGGGAUAAGGAGGUCGAGGGGGCAGGACUCGAGCUGAGUCUGCGUGCAGCGCGAACCAAGGCCCUGUGGCUGCCAAUGGGGGACUGAUGCCUGAAGCUACCCACUCACUCUUGCAUGCCCAGAGGUACCAGAUGCUUGGAAUUUUUCUCUCAAAUUUCCCAUGGUUUCCAAUAAACUGAGUAACUUCUACUGCUCUUGA